GGGACACAACACUGCUGGGAAAAGAAACAGCUGCAAAGUUUUCAUCGUCAAAACUUGCGAUAAGAAGCUCUUUGCUUACAUUUUAGUGUACUACUAAAUCUUGAAUAUUAUAAUUGCUAAUAUAAAUUGACAGUAAAAUGGAAUAAAGAAUAUGAGUAAGAGAAUCCUGGUAGUUGGUUUGGCAUGUGCUGAUAUUAUCAGUGUAGUUCAAGAUUAUCCAGAGGAGGAUAGUGAUCAGAGAGUGCUUGAUUAUUACUGGCAAAGGGGAGGUAAUGCUGCCAAUACAAGCUGUGUGCUCUCACUACUUGGAGCCAGGUCAGAGUUCCUUGGCACAUUUGCUACUGACAGAGAGGCAGAAUUUCUGAAAGAAGUAUUCCAGAAGUUCAAUGUGAUUACAGAAAAUUGUGUUACUUGUACAGAUGGUGUCAAAACACCAACAUCCAUUGUCAUAACCAACAGCAAGAAUGGAUCCAGGACUAUACUGCAUCAUGGGAAAAAUUGGCCAGAAAUAAAACCAGAACAUUUUAAAAAUCUAGAUCUGACUCAGUAUAAAUGGAUUCACUUUGAGGGAAGACCAUCAUGUGAUGACAUUAAAGACAUGUUAUCGUGGAUAGAUGAAUACAAUAAAACUGUCGAUAAAGAUGCAAGGAUUCGUACAUCAUUAGAGAUAGAAAAAACCACUAGAAUUGGUCUAGAUAACCUGUUCAAUACAGCAGACACAUUAUUUGUAAGCAAGGAUUAUGUCAAAAGUAGAGGUUAUAACACUAAGGAAGAAGGUGUUCAGAAAUUGUCUGUCAAGUGCAGAGAAGGAUCUGAAAUUAUUUGCCCUUGGGGUGAAGAAGGAGCUGUUGCCAAGGGAACAGACAGACUGUUACAUUCUUCUCCAGCUUUUCCUCCGAAACUUACACCAGGACAGAAUAUGGAAACUUUAGCAGCUGGUGAUACAUUUAAUGCUGCCUUUAUUUUGUCAAGGUCAAAAGGUCAAAGUUUAAAUGAAGCUCUGACAUUUGGUUGUCAGGUGGCUGGUGCUAAAUGUGGAAUGAAGGGUAUUGAUGGGUUAGAUACAUUUAAAUCAUGAUGAAAGGCUACAUAUUUGUUACAUGAUAUAUAAAUGAUAAUUGAAUAAAGUAUUUUGAGGGUUUGAUGGAUUACUGGAAAAGAGCUUUUUCAGGUGAAAUGAUAUUUAAAAAAAGUAUGAGAUGUAUUUUAUAAACUUUAUUGCCUUUAAAGAAAAUAAGUAAAACAUUCUUACACUUUGAAAAAACGUUUUUCUAAUAAUGAUGCAUUAUUGCUUCUGUCUCCCAUCAGAGAUGAUUGAAGCAUUGAAAAUCAUGAUAUUAAGGUUGUUUUUUAAUUCAUGCCUUGUAUGAAAGCUAAGAUAAACACACUUUGAAGCAUUGGGUCUACUUUAUUUUGGGAAUAUGUAUUUUUGGGGCCCUUUAUAGCUUACUGUUCAGUGUGAGCCAAGGCUCAGUGUUGAAGACCGUACUUUGACCUAUUAUGGUUUACUUUUAUAAAUUUUGACUUGGAUGGAGAGUUGUCUCAUUGGCACUCAUACCACAUCUUCUUAUAUCUAUGUAGAAAAUGUAAUAGUGUAUAGACUAACGUUUGAAAAGAAAUAUUAUUUGAGUAUUUUUUCUUACAUUGCUUCUUUAUUCAAAAUUACUUGUAAUUUAGCGAAAUAUUUAUGAUGAAACUAUUUUCAGGAAUAAAUUUCUGUCAAUCCACCUAUAUAUCACAAAGAAACCAGUUUUAUGCAAAAUGAGUGAAACCGGUUCAAUGUAUGUAACCAGAUUAAAAAAACAUUUUUUAAUGAAAGUACAUGAUAAAUUCUAUCAUAGAAUGUCUUGCACUUUAUGAAAUAUUGGUGCAGGUGCACUACUGAUUAAAGUUCUCAAGAAUUAUAUUGAAAUACAUUUUAUUAAAAGAUUAUUGUUAUUUUAUUCAUGAUAAUUGUUAUUUCUUUUAUGUUAAGUAUUAUAAUCAUGAAAACAAACGUUAAAUAAAAGAAUAUGAAUAUA